CUCCCUGCAAGGCACUCGCUCGCCCCAAGGCCGCCGAAGGCCAGAGCAGGGGAGCGGCCGGACUUAGGGAGCGGGUGCAAAGUGCCAGCGGGCUGAGGAGCGCGUGGAUCGGAUUCGGACAGUGGCACCAGGGAGGGGCUCCCGCGGACGGGCGCUCUUUCAUCCGUCCUCUCGCCCGCUCACCCACUUCCCACCGUCCUGGAGUGGGUCCGUGCCCACGAUCCGCGCAAGCGGUUUUCGCAAACGCCCCGACUUGCGUAACGGCCGCCUCGCUGGAGCGGGCAGUCCCGCGCCCUCCCCGCCCCUCGCGGACCGGCGACUGUCGCUGGGCCCGACCCUCUUCCCAGCCCGCGGUGGCCUGGGAACGGGGCGGCAGGACGACGGGGCGUCCGGGCCGGAGCCAGGCGUGGCCGUGGCCUCAGGGAGGGGAGUUUGGCGACGCUCCCCGGCAGUGACAGCGGGAGGCGAGCGCGGGCGGCGAACAUUGGCGACGCUCCCCAGCCGUGACAGCCGGCGGCGCGCGCGGGCGGCGGACUUUGGCGACAUUCCCCGGCGGUGACAGGCGGGGCGGGGCGGCGGCGCGGCGGCCUCAUUCCGGGGCGGGCGGGCGCCGAGCGCGGCGCGGGCGGGCCGGCUGACGGAGGAGCGAGCGGGCCGGCCGGGGAUGCCGCUCGGGGCUCAGCGGUCCUCGUGUCAGUGAGCGCCGCGCACCGCCGCAGCCAUGACGGUGGAGUUCGAGGAGUGCAUCAAGGACUCGCCGCGCUUCAGGGCUACUAUUGACGAGGUGGAAACAGACGUGGUGGAGAUCGAGGCAAAACUAGACAAGCUGGUCAAGCUGUGCAGUGGCAUGAUCGAGGCUGGCAAGGCCUAUGUCACGACCAACAGGCUCUUCGUGAGUGGUGUUCGAGACCUGUCCCAGCAGUGCCAGGGCGACACCGUCAUCUCGGAAUGUCUGCAGAGGUUUGGAGACAGCCUGCAGGAGAUGGUCAACUACCACAUGAUCCUGUUUGACCAGGCCCAGAGGUCUGUGCGGCAGCAACUGCACAACUUCGUCAAAGAGGACGUGCGGAAAUUCAAGGAGACCAAGAAACAGUUUGACAAAGUUCGGGAGGACAUGGAGCUGUCCCUCGUGAGGAAUGCCCAGGCCCCACGGCACCGGCCCCACGAGGUGGAGGAGGCCACAGGUGCCUUGACCCUCACCCGGAAGUGUUUCCGUCACCUGGCACUAGACUAUGUGCUCCAGAUCAACGUACUCCAGGCCAAGAAGAAGUUUGAGAUCUUGGAUUCUAUGCUGUCCUUCAUGCACGCCCAGCACAGCUUCUUCCAGCAGGGCUAUAGCCUGCUGCACCAGCUGGACCCCUACAUGAAGAAGCUGGCAGCCGAGCUAGACCAGCUGGUGAUCGACUCGGCAGUGGAAAAGCGUGAGAUGGAGCGAAAGCAUGCUGCCAUCCAGCAGCGGACGCUGCUGCAGGACUUCUCCUACGAUGAGCCCAAAGUGGAGUUUGAUGUGGACGCGCCCAGCGGUGUGGUGAUGGAGGGCUACCUCUUCAAGAGGGCCAGUAAUGCCUUCAAGACGUGGAACCGGCGCUGGUUCUCCAUCCAGAACAGCCAGCUGGUCUACCAGAAGAAACUCAAGGACGUGCUCACCGUGGUGGUGGAUGACCUCCGUCUGUGCUCCGUGAAGCCAUGUGAGGACAUCGAACGGAGGUUCUGUUUUGAGGUCGUGUCACCCACCAAGAGCUGCAUGCUGCAGGCCGACUCAGAGAAGCUGCGGCAGGCCUGGGUUCAAGCUGUGCAGGCCAGCAUCGCCUCUGCCUACCGGGAGAGCCCGGACAGCUGCUACAGUGAGAGGCUGGACCGCACGGCGUCUCCGUCCACGAGCAGCAUCGACUCUGCUACGGACUCGCGGGAGCGCAGCGUCAAGGGCGAGAGCGUGCUGCAGCGUGUGCAGAACGUGGCUGGCAAUAGCCAGUGUGGGGACUGUGGCCAGCCGGAUCCCCGCUGGGCCAGCAUCAACCUGGGGGUGCUGCUCUGCAUCGAGUGCUCUGGCAUCCACAGGAGCCUGGGUGUCCACUGCUCCAAGGUGCGGUCCCUGACCCUGGACUCAUGGGAGCCAGAGCUGCUGAAGCUGAUGUGUGAGCUUGGAAACAGCACCGUGAACCAGAUCUACGAGGCUCAGUGUGAGGGGCCAGGUGGCAGGAAGCCCACAGCCAGCAGCCCUAGGCAGGACAAGGAGGCCUGGAUCAAGGACAAGUAUGUGGAAAAGAAGUUCCUGCGGAAGCCACCGUCGGCACCAGCCCGGGACGUCCCCCGGCCCUGGAGGGCGCAAAAGUGCCAGCGCCACCACAGCUCCCCCCGGGUCCCUGCUGCCCGCCGCAAGGUCCGGCUGGAGCCCAUCCUGCCCUCUGUGGCUGCUCUGUCCUCAGCAGGUGCUGUGGAGCGCAAGUUCCGGAGGGACUCUCUCUUCUGCCCGGAUGAGCUGGACUCCCUCUUCUCCUACUUCGAUGCUGGAGCUGCUGCAGCCGGUCCACGGAGUCUGAGCAGCGACAGUGGCUUAGGAGGCAGCUCUGAUGGCAGCUCUGACGUUCUAGCCUUUGGCGGAGGCUCUGUUGUGGACAGCGUCACUGAGGAGGAGGGUGCAGAGUCAGAGGAGUCCAGCGGGGAGGCGGAUGGAGAAGCAGAGUCCUGGGGCCUGGCGGACGUGCGCGAGCUGCACCCUGGUCUACUGGCGCACCGAGCGGCGCGAACCCGAGACCUCCGAGCGCUGGCCAUGGCGCUGGCGCACGGGGCAGAGGUCAACUGGGCCGACGCGGAGGACGAGGGCAAGACGCCUUUGGUGCAGGCUGUGCUGGGGGGCUCCUUGAUUGUCUGUGAAUUCCUUCUGCAAAACGGAGCAGAUGUGAACCAAAGAGACAGCCGGGGCAGGGCGCCGCUGCACCAUGCCACACUCCUGGGACGCACGGGUCAGGUCUGCCUGUUCUUGAAGCGGGGGGCCGACCAGCACGCCUUGGACCACAAGCAGCAGGACCCACUGAGCAUCGCGAUCCAGGAGGCAAACGCGGACAUCGUCACUUUGCUCCGGCUGGCCCGCAUGGCUGAGGAGAUGCGAGAGGCGGAGGCGCCCCCGGGCCAGCCGGGCCCCCUGGCGGGCAGCAGCCCCACGGAGCUCCAGUACCGCAGGUGCAUCCAGGAGUUCAUCAGCCUCCACCUGGAGGAGAGCUAG